AAGAAAAAAAGAGAGUCGCCAACGUUACAUAAGUGAGAACAAAUGUCUACGGUAUCCUAUUACGGGCCGUUCGUGCCCGCGCCCUGAAGGGGUGGACGGGCGCGCGCUCCCGAGACACCAGGAAACAUGGCGGCGCUCAUGACACUCAGCCAGUUAUCGAGUGGCAACCCAGUUUACGAAAACUACUACAGGCAGCUCGAUCCAGUGAGCAGUGGCAAGAUAUUAGCAGGGGAUGCGGCCCAAUUCCUGAAAAAGUCUGGGUUGUCAGACAACACACUGGGAAAGAUAUGGGAUUUGGCUGACUCGGAGCGAAAAGGCUAUUUGGACAAGCGGGGUUUUUUCAUCGCUUUGAGACUGGUCGCCUUGGCACAGGCAGGGCAUAACGUUAGCCUCAGCAACCUCACCCAAACAGAGGCACCUCCUAAAUUUCGAGACACGAGCAGCCCAUUAUUAAGCACGCCAGCGUCUGACGCGCAUUGGUCAAUAAGGCCGGAUGAAAAAGGUAAAUUCGAAGGAAUUUUUGAAAGUCUGACCCCCGUGAAGGGUUUCCUCUCCGGUGAUAAAGUCAAGCCCAUCUUGAUCAACUCCAAACUACCUCUGGAUGUAUUGGGAAAGAUUUGGGACCUGGGAGACGCAGACAAAGAUGGGUACUUGGACAAAGAGGAAUUCAUUGUGGUCAUGCAUCUUGUGUACCGCGCCAUGGAGAAGGAGCCUGUGCCAGCUGUCUUGCCCCCAUCCCUCAUCCCGCCCUCCAAAAGGAAAAGGCUGGCGGGCACGAUGCCCGGCGCCGUGGCCGUGCUGCCCUCCAGGUCCGCCUCGUUUGCUCUCAAGGACAGUACAAGAAGCACCUCUCCCCUCGCCAGUGCCUCUCCCUUCCCCAGCCCAACGGCCAAGCUAACCUCAAAGCACUCUUUUAAAGCCAGCAUACAGCCAGAGCAGCAGUGGGUGGUGCCGGUUGCCGACAGAGAACGAUACAAUGACCUCUUCAAGAAAACCGACAUGGACAACGACGGACUGAUAGAUGGAACGGAGGUCAUCGAGAUCUUCAUGCACUCCAGCCUCUCCCAGACCAUGCUGGCACAAAUUUGGGGGCUCGCCGACACCAAACAGACCGGCAAGCUCACACAGGAGCAGUUCUCCCUGGCCAUGCACCUGAUCCAUCAGAAGAUCACCAAAGACAUCGAUCCGCCAACUUCUCUCACGCCAGACAUGAUUCCCCCCUCGGAGAGGACGACAGCCAUGGCGGCAUCUUCAGCCAUGGCGACAGCCAUGGCGGCAUCUUCAGCAGCGCUUCCCGACCUCACAGCCAUUGAGCCUGCAGAGCUGACGGGCAUCAAAGAACUGGAUGACCUCAGCCAGGAAAUAAGUCAGCUGCAGAGAGAAAAAUUAAUCCUGCAACAUCAGCUCAAAGAAAAAGAAGAAACCAUACGAAGGCAAAGUCACGCUGUUCAAAACAUGCAGCAUGACUUGGACAGGGAGAGCAGCAGCUUGCAGGACAUCGAAUCCCAGAAGCAGGACGCCCAGCAGCGUCUGGAUGUGAUGGACCAGCAGCAUUCCAAGCUGGAAGGGAUGCUAAAUGACGUCAAGCAGAAGUUUCAGGAAGAGUCGCAAACGAUCUCCACCCUGCAGAGCCAGAUCCGCUCCCAGGAGAGCGAACUUCGGAGCCAGGAGAAAGAGGUGAACCGCACCAAGGCGGACCUGGGUCGCCUGCAGGACGAAGAGGCCCAGCUGGAGCAGAGCCUACAGACGGGCCACGUCCAGCUGGACAGCAUCAUCAAGUCUCUCAAGACCACCCAGGAAGAGAUCAGCCAGGCUCGCAGCAAGCUGUCACUGAUCCAGGAGAACCAGAAGGAGUUCGCCAAGACCAUCGAGCAGUACAACAGCGCCCUACGAGACUUAGCUGGGGGAAACAACAUGGCGGCCACAAGCCACCUGCUCUCAGAGAAGGAGAAUGGUGCCUUCAAGAGUGUGGUGGUGGGUAUCCUACUUUUUAUGUUAUACAACUAUCAAAUUUGUUGGCGGUAUGACUACUUCCCCCUCACCCUUCAGGAUGAAUCAUUCAAAUCAAGGAUAGCCAUGUUCAACACCAAUGCCGCUCCAGCAGACCCCUUCCAGAUGGAUGACCCCUUCAAACCGGACCCCUUCAACGAUCCCUUUAGAGAUCCUUUCAGGGAAAGCGAUCACUUCAAGGGUACUUCAUCUGAUGAUCUGUUUAGCGGAGCAGUCAGCUCGGACCCCUUCGCAGGAAAACCAAAGCCGCCAGUAAAGCCUGGCUCCGUCCGCGGUCAUCUUGGGUUCUCAUCCAGCAGCCCAAAACCAAAGCAUUCAGAGUCAGUCCGGAUGCCGAACCACCUCUUCGCAGGGAACUCUUUGAAGAACAACACCGGAUUUCCAGGUUUAAGCCAGUUGUCCAAGAAGUCUGACAAUCCUGUUCUGCCAUCAAAGAAAAGCGUACCUAACCGGCCUGCCCCGCCCUACGGCUCGGAUAGAGCUCCCAAAGAUGGUCCUGCCUCCGAUAUGAAGAAGACCAGUUUGGAAGUGAAAGCCAGCAAUUGGAGUGGGCCAAGCGGGAGAGCGAGCGCGAGGAGCACGACCGGCUGCGGAGACUGCGGCUGCAGGAGCAGCAGGACCUGGAGCUGGCCAUCGCGCUCAGCCGGGCCGAGGCUCCCAGCUCCUGAGAGGGCCCACCGACAAGCUCCCUUCCUCCAGACGUUUGCACUGACACCGACCACACUCCCAAAAGCCCCCCCCAUGUGCACGAGCCCAGUGACGCCCCUGCCGCGCACUGGCCUCAAAUGACUCCGCAUUUAGCAUGUAAUCUAUGUUCAUUGCUCCCAAACGACAAGGCAACUAUAAUCAUGGCCAGGAUGGAUCCUCUUGAUGUCAAGUGUGGCUUCAUCUGGACACAACAUAGCGAUUUAGGGAAAACACAAAGCAGAUGGGUACUCAACGCUGCCUUAUUCCAAAGCCUGUACAGGAACUAACCUCUUGUUUUGUUUUGUUUUUUUUAACUGUUUUGUUGUAUUUAUAAGGAAAAGUAUGAAUGUGUGUGAAAUGCACUAAAUCAACUGUUUUUAAUUCCCUUUUAAUGAACCAGGAAGGUUCCUUGUUUGCGUCCGAUAGUCCACUUUCCACUGCACCUACUGUAUUGUUACAUUACACUCACUGACGUUCCUAUUGAGAUCCAAUAAAAGAGCUGCCUCCAAAA